GCCGUUCAAAGAAACCACUGAAAUGGAAAAAAAAAAUGUCCGAUCGUACAGUAAUCAGGAAGCAGGUUGUCAAGAGGGUGUCACCAUGGUAAUAGCAAGCUGGUAGGCAGUUCAUCAGCUACCGGUAUAUGUUUAUCACAUGUCAACAUGGUUUCGACGAAAAUGGCGGCUCAAGGUGACCAUAUACAAGAACAUUUUGACGUAUUUGUGCGUCUACCAUCUGGAAAAACUGCUCCGUUGUCAGUGCGAUACGAUAUGACGAUCUUCGAAUUGAAAUCAGUGAUAGAGUUCACCGUCGGAAUUCCCGUAGAAAUACAGAACCUAUCGUACAAAAACCGGCUCCUGUAUGAAGAUGACGAGACGCUGCGCUCCAGUAUCAUCAUCCCAGGCGUCCACAUCGCCGUGAACUACCCCUACGGCUGGGAAGAUUUGAUUGAAGCGUCGCUGGCUGGCGAUAUUACAUCGGUGAUUAACGAUAUCUACCGUCAUUUUGAUAAGUCUAUCGUCGCGCGAAGGAGAUCUGUCGUUAUGUUUAUAAGUUCACAUAAGGGAUAUAACUUCCUGGUGGCAAGGAUGUUGUCAGACGGUGUGAACCCUAAUACUCAGACGGCGACUGGCCGAACAUCAUUGCACAUCGCCAGCGCCAUGGGUAUGAUGAAUUGUGUGGGGCUACUUUUACAGCACCAUGCUUCUGUGGAUAUUCACGACAAGUUCGGGUUUACUCCACAGCAGCUGGCUGUGAGAUGUGGUCAGAAGGAGGUGGAGAGCAAACUCAUUGAAUUUCGUCGCAUCAAGAUUAAAUGGGAUGGGAAGACAAUGAAGUUGAAAUUACCGUGGCCACUUGCUACCAAUUUCCCCCCAACAAAUUUAGGACAGAGUGUUACCCCCGUGAUUGAUCUCCAGCAGUUGUGUAUCAGCCCAGGACCCGAAGAAAUCCGUCUGUACCCAUUGCCAGGACAACGCCCACGAUCAGCAGUUGUGAAGUCCUCUAAGACAACUCCUAUUCCCCAUGAAACAGAUAUGCAGGAGAAUAGUGAGACAGUCUUACAUAAAACGGGUGGUAGACUAGAUAACGACAAGUCAAGUGGACAUGAAUUUAAAAAGAGUGGACGUCGUAGACCUAAGUCUGCAUUUAUCGUGAAAAGCGAUCCCUCGGUAGAGUUUGGUUGUGUGCAAAGUGAGACUAAUCCAAAAGAAAGAAUACAUUUACGUGGGAAUGAAUCGCAUGCCAAUAAAAAUCAUAAUAAAGUGGACUUUUAUCAGCAAUCAACAUUAGAUAACCAAGAGAAUGUAUGCUGCUUUGGUGGGUGCCACGGUUGUGAAUAUGACAGUAUGAAUAUGAAAACUGAAUUUGGCAGCUCAGUUCUCCACAAAUCAUCAGUCAUGUGUCAUUCUCACGGUUUACCUAAUCCAGUACGAAAUCAGGACUCGGCACUCGCCCUCGGAUCGUCACAUACUCAUGAAUCAUCGCUCGCUCACGAACCGGCACACGCUAUUGAUCCGUCAUGUACACACGAAUUAUCGACACUCGACUCACCGCACGGGCGUGUAUCACACCUACGUGAUUCACCGCGCGUGCCUGCGUCAUCUCAAAUGAACGUCCGUCCAAUUAUAAUUGAUCGUUGUCAGUCAGGUCAGACGGAAGAAGAACGAAUACGUGAAGCCACAGUGCCAAGGUUUGUAUCAGAAAAAGAACGAUUUCAAUUAAAGUAUGGAAAGAAACGAGCAACGGAUGAAGAGAAUGAACACGCAUUCCAACAAUGGCUAGCGCUGAAACAUCAAGACGCAAAAGAUGAAAAACUGAUUAGAAAAGUUAGAACGAUGUUAAACAAAGUAACAGGGACUAAGGUAGAGGAAGAUAAAGAGGUUUCUAAAGAAAAAUCGGUUCGUUCAACAAAUGUAAAAGCGUUUGAUGAUUGGCUGAUGAAAAAGAAAAAGGCUGAUGUAAUAAAACGAAGACAGGCGAGCCAGGUUGCAAAAAGUCAGGAAUGCAGAAUCGCCAGGCAGGGGAAAACAUUCAACGAAUGGUUGAAAGAAAAGAACAGAUCAAAAUUAACCAUUCGAAGUCCUCCUGUAAGUCAGCAAAGUAAACGCUCAGCAAAUGAUACCAAACGGUUAGACGCGCAACGUGCAUACGAUCAGUGGUUAAAGAAGAAACAAUGUGAAGAAUUAGAAUCAUUAAAAGCGAGUAUGCGGCCACAGUCCGCUUCGACUCUCGCCGAAUACACAGAUGGUGGACCAACGCACAAAACCAGAAUACAUUCGGCACAGCAUCGGUUAACGAGUCGGUGAUAAGCACUACGAGCGAAAAUAAAUAGGCCUAUAUCGUUUUAAUAUUAACGUUAUUUAGAGAGUUCAUGUGUUACGAACAGGGAGAUGGCGAGAGAUUUCUUCCUGCUGCUAGAGAAGGGAGUAAGCGCCCCAUCACCACUGGAUCCGUCACUGAUAUUUUCAUUUGGAUGGCACUAAUUUAAUAUGUUAUUUAUUAUAUUCAUUUAUUUAUAUCAGUGAAUGUAUGAAUAUAUAUAGGCCUAGAUAAUAUAUCAAAAAUACAUAACACUAAUUUUGUGGUAUAUAUCAUGAUCAUAUAAACAAAUUAUGUUAUAUUGUGUAUUAAUAUUAAAGAAGGAAUGGAACCUAUUAGCAUUACAGCUGUUAACACUUACUAACGCUUUUUAUAAUAAAAACAAUUAUGAAAUACACUGAAUGUCACUUUUUUUUCAUUUUAUUGCUUAUAAUACUGUGCAUACAACUAUUGGCAACACUACAUAUAAUCUCAGAUAAUAUUUACAAUAAUAUUUCUUUUAUAAUUUUUUCUCAUAUCUAAUUUACACUUUUAUGUUAUAAGUACAUUUUUGAAAUAUUCAUUAUCUGUACAUGAAUGAGAAUAUUCCCCCAAGAUAGAUAGAUCAACAAAAUAACCGGUUUUUCUUGGACCCUUUAAAAUCUUUAUUAUAUAGUAAUUGCUAUAAAUGUAAAAACAAGGAUAUGCGAAUAAUAUUCUAACCUGCUUACAAUGUCUAAAAUAUUGCAUUACCACAUUGACGAAUACUUUAAGCAGAAGUUGAAGAACUAAAAUCCAUACAGUGCUCGCACACGGACGAAUUAUUACAUUUUCUAUCGCAGAGAGGUAUUUUUAUGCAUUUUUGACUUUUUUUAUAAACUUUAGGAAGCAAGUAUAGAUUUUUUGUUUAUUAAUGUGUUUAUUGGUAGGAAUAUAAUGACACCAAUUGGUUAAUUUGACUGCUUAAUUAGAGUUGUAUAUAUCCAAUUUAAUAUGACGGGUUGUUCCUGCCAUUCACAUAGCCCAAGAACAACGCGCCACAAUGAUUUAAUUAUGAUUAUAUACCAACACAGCGUAAUUGGCAUCAAUCAAUUAUUACCUGAUUGUGAUGACUCCCUUAGACCUAGGCCUAUAUAUAUUUCCACGCAUGCACAAAAAUUACUAUUAGCAUGUCACAAGACGGUGACAGGGCCUUUGGGCAACAAAGCUAUCUGUAAAGCGACUUGGGAUUUGGGAUCAAUAUUUAGAAGGCAAAAUAAACACAGUACAUGACGUUAGGCACAUUAAUGGAUACGGCAAGCAAGACUGAGGAUAAUACAAAUUACUGAACUCUACUAAAGUCAUGAACGGUGCAGACGAUAGUUGUGUAAUAAGUGAUCUGGAAUGUUUUAAAUGUAGGGCCUAUGCCAACAUGAAUAAUA